AGCCGGAUUCACAAAGUGUCGCUGCGGCGGCACGACGCGUUAUGUAAGGCUGCCAAACACCUCAACCUUUGGAUAGGAGGCAGAGAGCUGCUGGCAGCACUUUCAUAACAGCAUGCAUGCUCUGUGCGUGGUGAGCGUGAUGUGCGGGGGAGCAGGAGGGGUCUGCAUGCAGAGGAGCUGCGAGCUCAUGAUGUCGUGAUGUGCAUGUUGGAAGGAUCUUCAUCCACGCUUUGAUCAGCCUGUCCUCACUUGAGCACGGACCUGCACAGGGAACAGGUCGCUCUUAUCACGCACGGAUCCUGCGUGAUGCUGCUGCGUGAAGGUUGAUAUACUCUUCCUGCUGUGCCUCCUCGCCUCGUCGCUGUCAGUAAAACCAAACCUCCAGACAUGGUGGUGGAGGCGUACAGACAGGGGCAGAGGAACUUUGGAGAGAACUACGUGAACGAGCUGGUGGACAAGGCUUCAGACCCGCUGAUCUUAUCCUCCUGUCCCGAAAUAAAGUGGCACUUCAUCGGUCACCUACAGAAGAACAAUGUCAACAAACUCCUGGGUGUGCCGAACCUGUUCCUGGUGGAGACGGUGGACUCUGCGAAACUGGCCGACAAGGUGAACAGCUCGUGGCAGCGUCUGAGAGGAUCUAGCAUGCAGAGGUUAAAGAUCAUGGUGCAGAUCAACACCAGCGGAGAACAGAGUAAACACGGCCUUCCUCCAGAGGAGACGGUGAACACGGUGAAGCACAUCGUGUCUCAGUGCUCCGCUCUGCACUUCUUAGGACUCAUGACCAUCGGACGCUACGGCUACGACCUCAGCCUGGGCCCUAACCCCGACUUUCAGAUGCUCCUGAGUCGGAGACAGGAAGUGUGCGACAGUCUGAAACUUCCCAUGGAGGACGUGGAACUCAGUAUGGGCAUGUCCACAGAUUUCGAACACGCAAUAGAGGUGGGCUCCACCAACGUGCGGGUUGGCAGCAUCAUAUUCGGUAACAGGGAGUAUCCCAACAGUGCAGCCAACACUCCAAACCCCAGUCCAGCUCCCAGCCCGGCCCCCAGCCCCGAAAAAACCUCCAAGACGGUGUCAGAGGAGGCGGCCAAGAAGAUGCAGCACCUCACCGUGUCGGGACAGUAAGAAGAAGAGCUCCUCUUCCUCUGAAUCAGAAAGUCAAACUCUGCGAGUGGUGAGCAGGCAGUCUCCACAGAGCGAGUACAGCUCUGAGCUCAGCCUCAUUUUAAAGUGUGUUUGAUUAACCCUCCUCUCACUGAGCUCGUCUGAUCUUUUUUAACAGUAACGUGUCACUAACCUGUAGCUCAUGGAAAUCAGAGUCCAUAUGAAGGUGAUAGUGAGGAUGUGUUUGAUGUUUUCUACCUGACCCGACAUGUGACCGUGCAGAAACGUGACGUCCAGCUGUGUGCUGCUUUUGUUGUACAGACAGAGACUUGGUUUAAUAAAUCAUCGAUCCCUUUAUAACGACA